GCAGAGAACUCCCAGCCAAUGAGCAGAGAAGAGUGCAGUUUAUUGUUUUGAGAAAGAAACGCCACAAAUCAGACUCCUCAGUCGGAGUUAUUGAAGAGGGAGAUUUAGCAACCUCAGGGUAGAGACAUGGGGAGGAUUCAACAGGCACUUGUUCCACAUUCAGCAGCCACAGUAAGACUUACUUUUUUAAAAUGAUUAAAAAGAAAUAAAUUAAAAAAACCUCAACCCCCCACAGGAGACCAUGUAAACAGGCUGGUUUCUCUGUACAACACCAACAAUCAUUGGUCUCUGUGGAGGAGCUGCAGGACGCAAACACAUUGUAACGGAGAUCUUUGGGAGGUUGAGUCCUCUGACCAGACGCCCACUCAGACAGAUUACUUUAAAUGCUCUCAGCGCCACUCCAACGGAUCCCAUCGGAGCUUCUCUGCAGCACUCGAGACGAGACCUCAGUGUUAUCAGUCGAAAACCGAAAAUCAGAAUCGCAGUAACAUGAGGACACAGCGCCACCUAGCUACACAAUGAAGACAUUUUUAGACACACCAACUGCACACACAGCUCAGACAACCUACCAACUGGUGAUUUUAAGAUGAAUACCAACCUCACUCAGUCUUACAGCUGGUUUAGGCUCAACUCUGCAAAUAUAUGGUGAGGAUACAGCGGGGCAACCAUAUGGUGUCUAUUCAAAACAUCGUAUCUGACCAGAGUUCCUGGCACACAUCUUUUCUCUUUGGCUAAACUCUUCAUGUUCUUCUGAGCCAAGUCAGCCUUCACAAUGCAGGUGAGACUGAAGGUGAGACUGGAGGUGAGACUGGAGGUGAGACUGGCGGUGAGACUGGAGGUGAGACUGGAGGUGAGACUGGAGGUGAGACUGGAGGUGAGACUGGAGGUGAGACUAAAGGUGAGACUGGAGGUGAGACUGAAGGUGAGACUGGAGGUGAGACUGGAGGUGAGACUGAAGGUGAGACUGGAGGUGAGACUGAAGGUGAGACUGGAGGUGAGACUGGAGGUGAGACUGGAGGUGAGACUAAAGGUGAGACUGGAGGUGAGACUGAAGGUGAGACUGAAGGUGAGACUGGAGGUGAGACUGAAGGUGAGACUGAAGGUGAGACUGGAGGUGAGACUGAAGGUGAGACUGGAGGUGAGACUGAAGGUGAGACUGGAGGUGAGACUGAAGGUGAGACUGAAGGUGAGACUGGAGGUGAGACUGGAGGUGAGACUGGAGGUGAGACUGGAGGUGAGACUGAAGGUGAGACUGGAGGUGAGACUGGAGGUGAGACUGGAGGUGAGACUGGAGGUGAGACUGAAGGUGAGACUGGAGGUGAGACUGAAGGUGAGACUGAAGGUGAGACUGAAGGUGAGACUGGAGGUGAGACUGGAGGUGAGACUGGAGGUGAGACUGAAGGUGAGACUGGAGGUGAGACUGAAGGUGAGACUGAAGGUGAGACUGGAGGUGAGACUGAAGGUGAGACUGGAGGUGAGACUGAAGGUGAGACUGAAGGUGAGACUGAAGGUGAGACUGGAGGUGAGACUGGAGGUGAGACUGGAGGUGAGACUGGAGGUGAGACUGAAGGUGAGACUGGAGGUGAGACUGGAGGUGAGACUGGAGGUGAGACUGGAGGUGAGACUGGAGGUGAGACUGGAGGUGAGACUGGAGGUGAGACUGAAGGUGAGACUGGAGGUGAGACUGGAGGUGAGACUGGAGGUGAGACUGAAGGCGUCAGGAGCCCAAUUAUCAAUCCUGCAGCUCUUCUUAGCACAGCCCGGCCUGUGCAGCAUUCAAGUUCUAGGAUUGGCCAGGCGUCCAUGCUGCACGAGGUACUGGUUCUGAUUUGGUUGGGUCCUAUGCCCUGACCAAUUGGUUAUCCUUACCCAACUACUCGAGGUCUAUGCCCAACCUUCAUUAAUCCUCUCUGCCUAAACCAGCUUCACACGGCGGGGCUUGCCAAUAAGAGCAGUGGGAUGAUGUGCAACCGAGAGGAAAACAGCUGUUAGAUUGUCCCGACCUUGCUGGUCAAACUGUGACGCCUCACAAACAGUCGACCACCAUUCUCCAAAUGAGAGUAUGAUUUAGCCGUGGGAUGAAUGCAGCCCCUACCCAGAGGUGACUUGGCUGAGUUUCUCUGUAGCUACACCCAGAUACAGUCUUGGGUAGGGAGUACUGCAUGGUGUCUAUAUCUUGGCCAGUAGAACAUUGACAAGUUUAACAUUGUAUGAAACGUUCACAACCAAAUUAUUUUUUAAAAAGGGAGUGAUUUCAUUGCACAGCCCAACAUAACCACUAGCAGCUUCUGACUUCUCUGUAAUACGUCAGAAAAAAAUGGCCUGAAGGGACAGCACAAAUAAGGAAAUGAGCAGGUUUUGUAUGGAUUGAGAAGAGUUUGACCCAUCAACAUUUCAAAAACAGAUAUUAAGGGUGUCAGGGGAACGGCGCUGAUGUUUUUGCAAUGCUAGA